AACCCCGUAAAGUUAUUAAGACUUAUUAAGUAUGAAAUGAUUUAUUAUCCUGUAGUAAUAGCUCGCUUUCAGUACUUGACAACGAGCCGAAAACAGCAUUAUUUCCCAAAUGAAUGAUUACACUGUCAAUGAGUGUCGCUCCCAGGACAAGCUUAUUUCCGUACGGUAAAACGUAAAUUAUAUAUUUAUACAUAUCAAUGGCCAUCCUAACAUGGCCACGAUGCCAUCAAAAAGCUUGCCCGAGGACAAUCAAUUUUGUGAUGCCACAAAUAUGGCUGCCAAGCAAUUGUUAAUUCAAACCGUCCCAUUUCAUCCACUAGCGGUGGUUUGGUUUUUUAGGCAUUAUUAUCGCUGGCAGAAAUUCUCAUCAUUCAUGCACGAUGUGUCGAACGAUUACGAGUUGACUGGUGAUGGAAUAAUUUGGCUCACAUUUCCCCGUUAGGCGUUCGGAUAUAAAUUGAAGCCCAAUCGCACACGCUGCUGGGCGUUUGUGUGAUUCUGUGCCACCAAGGUAGAAUGUAUUGGAAGGGUAACCGUGUGAUACCGUGGGGCUUUGUAGUGGUAAUCCUACCGGCAAUAGUGGUAGGAUUGGCAUACGGCACUUCUGUUAAGGACAGCGAUUCCAGUGAAACAGUUGCUACAUUUGUGUUUCGCUUUAUACGUGACCAUAAAGGCUUAAAGCAGGGCAUCGUUUUCGGGUGUGAUCAGAAGUUAUUGCUCAUUUACAAGGUUUUAUCGCAAUUGGCCACCAUCGGUGUACGGAUCUGGCCGGUGUCUAUCGAACGGUCGCACUCGUCAUCCCGAGCGGCGGAUGAGCACGAGCGGUUUUCGAGCACACUUCGACGGUCGCUCGAAUUUCAUCAAUUUGUGCUGCUCGAUAUGGCCUGUGCAAACGCACCGAUUGUCCUGGAACAGGUGAGAGCAGCUUGGUUUUUUUUGUUUCGCAUCCUUCGCCCCCCCCACACAGUAAUGGUUCUACGCAACGUAUCAUUUCGCCGUAAUGUUGUGCCCUUCUUGCUGCAGGCUUCGAAAUAUGAACUCUUCAAUGCAUCAUUCCAUUGGCUGAUAAUUGAUAAAAAUUACAAUAGCAUCGUGGAUGGCAAAAGCGAGAUGGCCGCAGGUAGUGCCCGUUCCCCAACUACCGAGACUAUGGUCAAGAAUAGUGUACUGUACGACCGAACGGACAGCUCAAUGCUUCAAUCCUUCGCCAACGGAACCGAGAAUGACCGUGCCCGGACAGCUAGCGUCAACAGACGGGCGAAUGCCAAGGGCGACGAUACCUUCGGAUUGCUUGCAACAAUGAACGUUAGCAUCAAUGCAGAAAUAACCGUUGCCCGCCCCACGGAUACAUCCUAUCGGGGAUUCACACUCUAUGAUCUCUGGAAUCCUGGUUUCAUCAGUGGCGGUAAAUUGAAAAUAGAACCGCUGGGCAGAUAUACUACGGUCGACGGGUUGCUGAUAGCACGGCGCGAAACGACCGUGGUCCGCCGACGGAACAUGGACGGUCUGAAGCUGAAGAUAAUGACCGUGGUGACACAGAAACCACACCAACCGUUCGAGCUGUACCUUACGAAGCCACAGAACACCCAUCUUGAUUCCGUCCAUCGCUACAACUAUGGGCUGAUGAGCAUGCUGAAGGAUUUCUACAACUUUACGUUCGUCAACCGGCGUACCAAAAGUUGGGGAUAUUUGCGGAACGGUAAGUUCGAUGGUAUGAUCGGAGCUUUGUCCCGCCGGGAGGUCGAUCUCGGCGGUUCACCUAUGUACUUCCGGCAGGAACGGCAUCGCGUCGUCAGCUACACUACUCGCACCUUCAUUGAGCGACCCUGCUUCAUCUUUCGCCAUCCGCCGCGGAAUGAUGCGGUAAAGAAUCCGUUUUUGCUUCCGUUCGAAAUAAUCGUUUGGUACUUGAUGGUGGGCUGUGGUACAUUUUUGGCGAUCGUUUUGUGCUGCAGCUUCUUCGUGGAAGAUGCAGUGGCUAAGGGAAGCUUCCCGUCCGUUCCCGGUACGACAAGGAAGACAACAUCAAACGAUGCAACAUGCAGCUCGCUUCGUAGCAAUAAUGUCGAUGCUUUCGCAAACGCGCCGCCACACAGAACAAUAUUGAGAAAAGCUACGACAAUCAUCUCGCCGACCGGUACCGGCCGGGUAAGCCUCGCGGGAAGAAACGUGUCACCGGAAACGUGCCUGGAUGGGACGCUUUUAAGCCCGCCUAAGCUGUCACCGAUGUGGCGUAACUAUUGGCACCGAGAAACGACAGGCAUCAGUUACAACGGUACUGCUGCUGCUGAUGAUGAUGAUGACGAUGAUGUGCAGCGAUUUGAAGGUGCAUCGAAUGUGGUGUCUGGCAUACGUGCCACGAAUGGUGCCGGUUCAUCUCGACGGCGAUGGAAAAUAUGCCACUGGCUAUAUCCGGUGGAUUGUCGUCAGCUCGUUCCUUGUGCUGCUGCUGCUGGUGCUGCCGUGGGAUCCACGGUACACAAUUGCCAUAACAAGACCGUCCCAGCAAACAUAUCGUCGACGCAUCGAUCCCAUCCGGGAGACGGAAACGAUGGCGCCAAAUGCAAUUAUAAAGCGGAAAAGGUAUCGAAAAGCAUUUUACUCUUUCUCGGAGGCGUGUGUCAACAAGGAUUAUCCGAGAUACCGCACCUAUCAUCCGGCAGAUGUACGUCAUUUUUCAUCCUGCUCUUCGGUUACCUCAUGUACCAGUACUACUCGGCCAGCAUCGUCGGCACGCUGCUAAUGGAGCAACCGAAAAGCAUAAAAACGCUGCGGAAUUUGAUUGACAGCCGCCUAACGCUCGGGAUCGAGGAUAUUCCCUAUUCCAGAGAUUACUUUGUGCGUACGACGGAUGCUGACUCGCUGGAACUGUACCGUACGCGGAUCGACUACUAUGAACCAUCGACGGGUAGGAACGAAUCCCACUUCCUGGCCGCUGCCGACGGUUUGCAGCUCGUUCGGAACGGUGGUUACGCAUUUCAUGUGGCCAUUUCGGCCGCGUACCGCAUCAUCCGGUUGACGUUCAGCGAGCGGGAAAUAUGCGAACUGAGUGAAAUUGAUAUGUUCCCCGUCUGGUCCCAGUGGAUGGUAGCGAUCGUGCAGAAAAACUCACCUUAUCGCGAUGUCAUAACGUACGGAUUACGCCGGUUGAAUGAAGCGGGAUUAAUGCAGCGGCAGAGACACAUUUGGCAGGAACCGAAACCAAAAUGCGUUCGCCAGAUUGCCCCGACCGAUUUGAUCGUCGGUUUGGAUGCGGUGGUGUCGGCGUUCGUACUGCUCUGCGGCGGAACGGUUCUGUCCGUUUGUGUGCUUUUCGUCGAAGUCGUCUGCCAUCGGAUCGAACGUCAUCGGCACGGUUGUUGCCGGGGGCUCGGUCGGAAUCGUUUUGUAAUGAUGACGAAGCGGCACUGCUUAGUGACGGAGGGCGGUAGGAAUGGUACAGAAUUGUUUUACGUUGAAUGAGCCGGUCAGAUUUCAUCGCAGUUCCCGGGAGCGAUUUGUUCUUAAAUUGAUGCGGAGUGCUUUUUGUUCGCUGUACCAAAAGCGAUAGAAGAAUGUAAGGGAAAUGCUUGCCGUGCGUUGGCGAACGGACAUUGUUGAACGCUUGAAGUUGUGGAAUGGAUUGAAAUUUUAAUUCAUUACUGUAUCUGUUUUGUUAUUCGCUGUUUUUGAAACCAUUUGUAACAAUGUUUCAAAUUUUGGAACACAUUGGAUGUUUAGUAAUUUAAUGCAGAAUAAAAAGCAAAAUGAAACAAGUUUAAAUAGUUCUAAAACUUCAUCAUGAAGUAUGAAAUAUGAAAAUAAGAAAAUGUAGUUGACCUGUUGCAGAUAAAGAUAAACUUAGAAUAAAUUAGAUGAACAAGUUUCAAUUGUAAGAAAAUUGGUUAAAAAGAGAUAAAUGCUAUAAAUACAUUAUUAGUUUAUUAAAAAAAAGAAAUAAAUAGAAACGAAUGUAAUUAUUACUAAAAACGUCAUAUUAUAAAUUUUACUUCAAAGUAGACAAAUGGAAAAGAAAGGAAUGUAUAUUAGAAGUCGAAAGUAGAAAACAAUUAUGAUAAAACAAGAGUGGCACAAAAUAACGCUUAAAUGUGAUACAUUAGAAAGUAGAUGAAACUAGCUGAUAUAAAAGAAGACAAGAAAAUUAUAUUCGUAUGUGAUAAACAUUUAAAAUAAAAGAAACAUUAGAAAAAAAAAAACAUACAUACAUAGAACAACAUAGAAAUUAGAACAUACAUACAUAGAACAACAUAGAAAACAUCAAACAAACAUAGAAAUUAAAAAAAUCUAAAUAAUUACCUUCAAUAGUGAUUUAAUAAUCGCAACAAAUAACAAAUAAAUAUUAAUUAUGUGCAAAUAGAAAGUGAUGGAAGUAGAAAAAAUAAAGGAAAUAACAAAGAGUGUUAGUUGAUCACAGUUAUACCAUGAACAGUUUCUUACAAUUCUUUAAUUUCAUAACAUCAUGGGAUGUUUCUUGAGCUAGCUGAAAGAAACUGUACCAUCUUUAAGUGCCUGCCCUACAUUACCCUGAGCAGAGAAGCAUCAUCACAUGGGCAAAAAAAAAAAAUUACUGUCCUCCAAAGUGUCUCGUGUGAAAGAGCACAUGUCUCUUUAAGCCCUUCGCAUUUGACAAGUUUAUCUCCCCACGUCGGAAUGUGUCCAUGGCAAAAGCAUCUAAACCGGAAACAGUUUGUUACAUUCGCAGCAAGCGCAAUGAGAUGAAGGGCCCUGGCUAUAUAACGGGGGCCAACAGUCUCCGGGUAAGGGUAAAGGGAACGUGCAUGGGAACGAAAUGCAUCGCCCAAGCUGAGAGUGGAUUUAGAGAGUGUCAGUAGUUUGGAGUGGAUUAGAGCGCUUGACUAAAUUCGGGCCUAAGUUAGGGUUGGAAACGUUCCUUAGCGUCCGUGUGAAAAUUGAAUCGAUCCUAAGCUUCACCGUUUGACGGCAAAUGGAUAUUGGAUUUUUGUGUCCCCCUUCAUUUGGCAUCCCACGGAUGCCCGUGGCUAUGACAACAAAAAAAGGAAGGUUCUAUGCAUCUCCCGUCGAUGCAUUGUAGUUGCGCUUUACGUGCUUUGUCCGUUCUGGUACGAUCAUGAGCGAAAUGCGAGAAAGGCGCGUACUGCAUGACGAUUCUAUCCGUGAGUUCCAUCCGUGAGUUGGCGCUACUCCUGCUGGGCGCCGGGUGAUAGUGCUGGGCCUCAUAUCCGGAACACCGGAACUGUUUGAAAUAAAUUUAAUUGAAUUUUCGAUUGGAAAUAGUUGGUGCAAUAGUUGGGUUGUGCCUAUACACACACACAGCUUCCCACUGAGGGGGUGGAGAUAGCUUUUUGCAUCCUUCAACCAGCAGCAUUAGAUGGUGAAAUAGUGGCACCACCGUCCGGAUGUGAAGGAUAUGAAGGAUUGAUGUAUGACAACUAAUCGAAUGUUUUAUUCAGUUAGGAAAUGGGCCGGACAGAAGGGGGUUUGAAAUUAUCGCCAUUUCGCUACACGGCCCCCGGGGGCACGGUCCCUUUCAAUCAUUCAUGGU